AUGGCCUGCCUAUUGUUGUGUCGUGCUGCCGCAUGCCUGGGCCCCGUGACCUCAAGCUCCUGUGCUAGCCUUGCCUUCCUGCACCACUUUGCCUCGGCCGUUCGACCCCAAGCCAUCCUCGCAUCGCGGUCUUCAUCUGCCAAGGACGCCAAGACCUUUUCAUGGAUGCGUCAAGUACCCUGCUGCCCUACGGUAUCGCCAAGAACGCGUUCUGCGAUGACCGGUGUUUUUGAAGGCUGCCAAGUACCAUUUUGUCAGACGCCCGAACGACUACCACACCGGAAUGUCAAGUACAUGGACACGCCGAGUUCCUCUCCGAAUGUGGGUAUGACUACCCUAGCACCGAAGACCUUGGAUGCCCGAACGAGUCCGGACCGAAACGCUAAGUACCACUAUCCAUCUUCUAGGAUUUCACCAAGUACCACACCAGACGCCAAGUACAAUGAUGAUCAGUGA